ACCACAUCGCUGUAGAAUUUUAACACCACUUAGGCGUUACGGAUAUAGGACGCAUGCUGGCUGGUGUGGAACGAAAAACACAUUCCCCUGCUGUUUUUAACAUCUGACUUAACAUGAAGGUUGGAGGUGUGUUCAUUAUAACGGUGUUGGUGUUGUGUCAGAAAAGCCAUUCCAUAGAGGUUUCAAGCAUCCACUGUGGUGACGUAUGUUCUGCAGUUGAUGGAUCCAGUUACACCCUCACCUGCAAAUGGAGUGGAACAUUAGGACAUGGUAUUAUAUGGAAGAGGAAGGGAACGACAGAAUUUUCAUGUGGAAAUACUUCCGAAAGCUGUGCUCCAGGAGAAAGUGGCUAUGCAACUGGGGGCUACGUUGAUUCGCAAACCUCACAAAUACACAUCGCAUCGUUCAGCAAUGCAGAUGAUGUUGGAAACUGGCAAUGUAGUGAUGGACCAGACACACCGAAAUCCUGUAUACUGACUCCAAUAGAUAAAAGAAAUAUCAAGCUGGAGGCAUCGUGUUCAACCAAAACUGUGACUUGUAAAUUAGAUGACCAUGGGACACCCGCAAUAACACUUGAAUUGAGGGAUGAAACAGUAAAAGCGUCAACCCCCUCUGCAGGCAUUUUGACAAUGUCAGCUAGUAGUGGUAUGAAGACUUGUACAGUAACAGGAAACGGAUCUGAAUGUGCAUCAACGAAAGAAAUGACUGUGAUGUGUUAUGGUACUGGACCACCGAUUGCUGCUAUUGUUAUGAUUAUUAUUUGCGUCAUAAUUGUGAUCGUACUUCUCGUCCUCGUCAAGAAUGGAUCGAGUCAGAUGAAACUCUUCUUCUAUGCAUUCGAAGUCAUCUUAAUAAUCAUUGCUGUGGUGUUCAUCAUUGUUCUGUUCGCGCUCUAUACAGAUUUUGAUGACGCCCUCUUCAUUGUAGCUGUAGUCAUCGUCUUUGCCGGACUGAUUGUCGCAAUCGCUGCAUUCAUCAUUCUUAAGCUUUUACAGUAGGGUACUUUGUCUCUCAGAAACACGUCAGAAUGAUCCUCGCUUCCUGUUGCAGAACUACAUGCCACUGAAACUUAUAACGUUAUAAACCAAAUCGGGGAUAGCUUCAUGUGGUUUGCGUGAUUAUUAAGAGUUAAUGUUUCUAUUCAUAAGUUUAAAAAAUUGACUGAAAAUGAUUGCAUAUUUCGCCUGAUUAAAUAUACAUAAUAUUUAAUAGUCACAUUGAGAGGACUCAACAGACUCAAGCUGUAUAUAUUAAUAGAAGUUUGUAAUUUAAAUGUAAUAUUUAGUAUUUUGGGGUAAAUGUAUAGUAUGUUUUACUUACGCGACUUCCCGAUACAAUGACAUUCAAUUCAGUAUGAUCAUUUUAUACGCGUUUCACUGUAUAUACUUCACAGAUACGU